AAAUGAUUAGUUCAAUAGUGUUUAUAAAUCAUAAGGGUGAAAUCUUGAUAUAUAGGGUUUAUAAGGAUGAUAUAACAAGAAGUGAGACAACACAAUUCUGUGCUAAGAUUGUGGCAACAAAAGAAAAUAAAGAAUGCCCAAUAAUAAAUAUAGAUGGUAUUAAAUGAUAUUUUAAAAAAUACAGGAACGUCAUUUAUUCACAUUACUAUAAAAGACAUUGUAGUGUUGGCAACAACAAAAGUAAAUGUAAAUGUAGCGAUGACAUUGCAAUUUCUUUAUUAAUUAGUAGAAAUUGAUUAUUAAAUGUAGGUUAAAGUGUGUAGAGCUUAUUUUGGUGGUGAAUUUGAUGAAAAUUGUAUAAAAAAGCAUUUUGUGUUAAUAUAUGAGAUUUUGGAUGAAGUAAUGGAUUAUGGCGUACCUUAGAUAGCAGAUGCAGAUCUUUUGAAAAAAGUAUAAGGGAUAAUAUUAAUAUAAAAUAGUAUAUAUAAGAAGGAGGAUUGAAGCCAGAGUUGAUGAAUGAUGUAGAGAAAUUAAAAUAAUUAACAUCAUAAGCAACAGGAGCAACAUCUUGGAGACCCCCAAAUCUUGUAUAUAGAAAGAAUGAAGUUUAUUUAGAUGUGAUAGAGAGUGUGAAUGUUUUAAUGUCUGUAAAAGGAACAAUUUUAAAGGCAGAUGUAGCUGGUUCAAUAUAAGUAAAAUGUUUAUUGUCUGGAAUGCCAGAAUGUAAAUUUGGAAUGAAUGAUAAAUUGUUAAUGUAGAGAGAACCAAGAAAGCCUGGAUAAACAACAACUGAUAAGGGAAUAACGAUUGAUGAUUUGAAAUUUCAUUAAUGUGUGAAAUUGCCUAAAUUUGAUAAAGAGAGAGCAAUAACAUUUAUUCCACCAGAUGGUUAAUUUGAAUUGAUGACAUAUAGAAUAACAGAAAAUAUAAAUUUACCAUUUAAAAUAAUGCCUGUUUAUAAUGAGUUAGGAAAGAAUAAAUUAGAGAUUCGAGUUAAAGUAUAUAUAAGUAUGCAUAUGUUGCAAGAUUAAAUCCAUUUUUGAGAAGAAUUUAUUUGCAACAAAUUUAGCCAUAAAGAUUCCAGUACCUAAGAAUACUGCUAAUGUAACUACCAAUUCUGCAAUUGGUAAAGCUAAACAUGAACCAGAUUAAUAAGGGGUUAUUUGGAGAAUUAAAAAAUAUCCUGGAGAUUUUGAAGCAUUAUUACGUUGUGAAAUUGAUUUAGGUUAAACUACCAAUUAAUAACCUUGGAUUAAACCUCCUAUUUCUAUGGAAUUUUAAGUUCCUAUGUUUACAGCUAGUGGAUUAAGAGUUAGAUUUUUAAGAAUUUAUGAAAAAGCUGGUUACAAACCAACUAAAUGGAUAAGAUAUAUCACUAAAGCUGGUGAAUAUUUACAUAGAUUGUGAAAGUAAAAUAAUCCAAAUAUAUAUAUAUCAAUUAUUAUGAGG